AUGGUGUUCCCGGCGCUGUUGACCUCCUGUGUGGCCAUCGACGUACCCCCCGAUCCAACGACGGACGGUGCGAUUACUACGGCAAACAACAAGUUUUCGUUCGAGUACUUCAAGGCGUGUUACGAUGAGAGGUGCAACUGUGUCGUGUCGCCGAUUCACGUGCGUCUGGCACUGUCCAUGUUCUAUCCGAUUGCCGGUGCGGCAGUGCAGGAAGACUUCCAGGUCGCGUUCGGACUGCCGGACGAUGUGGACGCAACGGUCGAGCAGCAGAAGCGACUGGCGCACCGGAUGCACGACGGCACCCACCUGAAGGCGCUCUCGUUCGUGCUGGUGGAGGAAACGCUCCCGCUGACCAGCACCUUCCAGCGGUACUUUACCGGCACCUUCCAGACCACGGUCGAGCCGGUCGAUCUGACGGACGACAUCCCGUCCGCCCUGGCCGUCAACUCCUUCUAUCAGCGGGCAGACACCGAGAUCGAGGAUUUCAUCAGCGAGGGCGAUGUGUUCUCGCUGCCACCGUGCUUCAAGCUGAUGCUUUUUAGCGGUGUGUCCGUGCUGGCGUCGCUCGGCGUGCGGUUCAGUGCCGCCGACACCGCGCUGGAGGUGUUCCGGUUCGAGAACGCGCCGACCCAGCGCAUCCCGCUGAUGCGGACGACCGCGUUCGUUCGGCGCUGCCAGCACAACGAGCUCCGCUGCACGGUCGUCGAAGUUCCGUUCGAUGCGGCCAGCGGGCUGUCGCUGCUCGUCCUGCUACCGUACGACGGGACCGAGCUACGGCAGCUCAUCGCCACCAUCGGCCAGGCCCAUCUCGCGCAGAUCGACGAACGACUUCAACCCGCUUGGACGAAGCUGCUACUGCCGAAAUGUUUCGUGCGGGAAAAAACCGACCCCAAGGCGAUCCUCGGCAAGCUUGGCUUUGGUGGCGUGUUCGAGAUCGACGAUCUGCGCGUGUUUCGCGACACGGGACGGACGCGUCUCAAUGGGUUCUUCCAACACUGCUACCUAGCGACGAGCGAGAGCGGUGCGGCAAUCCCCGUACCGACGGAUACACCCAACCUGGCCACCUUCAAUGCAAACCGGCCAUUUAUGUUUCUGGUACGCCGCACCAGCGAUGGGUGUGUGCUGCAGAUAGGCAACUUUUCCAAAUACAUCGAUCCGGACGAACAGUUCUGA